UCUCCAGAAUAUGCCCGCAGGACGGCAGCACUAUGACCUUGAACCUGAACUCGUCCAGCUCUUCCCCCUCUGUAGACCCCAGUAUGUACCUGAACAACAGCUCCCCAGGGUUGAGGGUCUACGCCGACAACGCCAUCCUGGGCCUGGGCCUUGUGCUGGACAACGACUCCAUUACCAGGGACCUCACCAACCUGACCAGCCUGUCCAACGCCUCCCUCCUUGACCCCACGGUGACCUAUGACCCUCUGGGAGGUCACACCAUCUUGCAGGUCAUCCUGAUCGUGUUCCUCACCGGGUCUCUGUCUCUGGUCACCGUCGUAGGAAACAUCCUGGUGCUCAUCUCCUUCAAGGUGAACAAGCAGCUGAAGACGGUGAAUAACUACUAUCUCCUCAGCCUGGCCUUCGCUGACCUCAUCAUCGGGACUCUUUCCAUGAACCUCUACACUACCUACAUUAUCAUGGACCAAUGGGCUUUAGGGAACUGGGCGUGCGACCUGUGGUUGGCUAUCGACUACGUGGCGAGCAACGCCUCCGUCAUGAACCUGCUAGUGAUCAGCUUCGACCGCUACUUCUCCAUAACUCGACCUCUGACUUACCGGGCCAAGAGGACCACCAAGAGAGCUCUGACUAUGAUCAGCAUGGCCUGGUCCGUGUCCUUCGUCCUGUGGGCCCCGGCUAUACUCUUCUGGCAGUAUAUCGUAGGGGAGCGCACUGUGCCUCGUGGAGAAUGCUUUAUCCAGUUUCUCUCAGAGCCUAUUAUCACAUUCUGCACGGCCAUCGCUGCCUUCUACCUGCCGGUCACCAUCAUGACGGUUCUCUACUGGAGGAUCUACAGAGAGACAGAGAACAGGCAGAAGGACCUGGCGGGGUUGAGGGGGUCGGGGGCAGGGAACAAGGCGGGCCAGGGGGGUAGCCAGAAGGAUGAGGAGGAGAAGAAGGAGGAGGCCCAGGAAGAGGAGGCUCCCAUGGUGCCCAAAACAGGAAGCUCCAGGAGCUGCAGCAGUUACGAGCUUAACCAGGCCGGUCAGAAAGACUCUGGAGCCAAGAAGACCAGAGGGCGCUUCCGGUUCUGGCCGCUGAGUAGGUGGUCCAAGAAGAAGACAAUCACAGUGGGAGGAGAGCCGGAACACAGCAGCUCCGAUAGCUGGAACAACAAUGAUGGGGGCGGGGCCUCCAUGGACCAAUCAGACUCUGAGGACGAGGAGGCGGCGACGGAGUCAAGCCGAGCUAUCUAUUCCAUCGUGGUCAACCUGCCGGGGAUAAACUCCGCCCCUGGUAACAACCCUAACAAUGACCCCCAGCUGACAUCUCCUGAGGACCAAGAUGCUACGAAGGACCCUUUCCGGCCACAAAGGGGCGAUAAUAAGGACAAGAAGACAUCCUCUAAUACCAGAAGGGAGAAAGACAAGGAAGACAACAGCUACCACCAACGCUCCUUCUCUAAAACCCCCGUCACUUCCUCGUCUUCCAUCCAGACCUCCACCAAGAGCCACCAAACAGGGGAUGUGUCGUCCACCUCCAAGUCCCCCUCCUCGGCCCCCAUCUCCUUGAAGGAUGCAACCAUGGCCAAGCGCUUCGCCUCCAAAGCCAAGACCCAGAUCACCAAACGUAAGAAGCAGAGUGUAGUCAAGGAGAAGAAAGAGAAGAAGGCCGCCCAGACUCUCAGUGCCAUCCUGUUGGCUUUCAUCAUAACCUGGACUCCCUAUAACAUUAUGGUGUUGGUCAACACCUUCUGUACUGGCUGCAUCCCUGAGGCUCUGUGGGCUCUGGGCUAUUGGCUGUGUUACGUCAACAGCACCAUUAACCCCAUGUGUUACGCCAUGUGCAACCUCACCUUCAGGAACACCUUCAAGAUGAUUCUGCUCUGCCGUUGGCAGGACAUCAAUAAACGCAACAAGCCUCAGUUCCAGCAGAGGCAGACGGUCGCCUUCCGCAAGAAGGAGCCCUUGUAGGUGUAAUCUACCGGGGCCCUGGGUCAGCUGUAUAAGGGCUCUGUCGGGCCUCUCUGGGAGGAUUUAUAUUAACAGGACAGUUGGCCAGGGAGAUGGACUGUACUUACGAGCCGUUCUCAACGACGAAGAGGUCAUAUAAUAAUAUAAUAAUACAAAAGAAAAAUAGUAACACGACAAAUAAAAUACACAAUUAUUUUCAAUUGACUCUGCAUCUCUUUCAACUAUUUACUUUUUUCCCCCACAACGGACACUAGUUUGGCGCCAAAACAUUGACAACAAAGACAUAUUGACAUAGUAAAAUCAUUAAAAACUGUCUGAAAAAACCCACAGGACACCUCAUGCUGAAUCCCUCAUAUUUAACAGCAAUGGUUUUCACCAACUUGAUGGUUUAUAUUUAGAAUAACGUUUCACAGCUUUGUCCUUCUAUGUUUCAGAUCAUAUAUGUUGCAUGUGAUGAGGCCACACAGAUGACCAGGGAUAUUUAUACACGGAGGGAAGGGGAGAUUUGAUUAGAUGUUUAGCGCCUCCAACCCAAUGGAAUAUUUGGCACAUAGAAAAGGGCUGUCAAAUGUAUGACAAUAUCUGUUGGUGUUUCCAAGCCUGGUUUUAACUGAACUGUUGCUAUACAGUUACAGAACUUCAUCAAUCAGA